AUGAGUUAUAAGAAAUCGGGGAGGACAGGGUUUGUCGUUGAAGGUGGGACCUACAUCCCUCCGAGACAGCCCGAGUCCUCGGGGGAUUGCGGCGGUGACAUUACGUCGCCGCCAAAGCAAUCUCCCAGUCAGCCCCCUCAGCCACAGCCGGCUGCCGGGGCUGACGGAUCUGUAACCGUCCGAGCGGGGGACCUUACGGUCUCGCCGUCUCCGCCGGGAUCGCCCGACAGAAGGGGAAACGCCCCGGUAAGGCCAAAAAAUCGCUCAGUACCGGGGCGACACCCAAAAAGGGACGAGUUGGUAAGCGGGACUCCACUACGGGGCCCGCCCCAUCGAUCCCAGGCCAGCCAGCGGGGCACGCACAGCCGGAGGGGGUACCCCUCCACGGCUCGGUGCACCCAGGGCUGGGUACAGGGCAUGCACAGCCGGAGAAAUUACCUCUCCACGGCUCAGUGCACCCGGCCCCCCACAGUGCACACGCAAGUACCGCGGUGCCCAGGGAUGGCCUUUUAUACCGCCGCCCUGACCAGGCAGCCUGCGCUAUCGGGCUUGGGGCAAUGGCGGUCGCCAAAGAGAUUGGCAACGGGGUACAGACCCCUUGGGGCCCCGUCGGAACGCUACGUUCCGAAGGGUCGCCCUCUACUUCAGGGUUUACCCGCUGCUCGGGUAUUCCCGCCCCGCAGCCGACCUCCGACACUACAACGGAGUCUGCUCUGGGACGCCCCUCCAAAAAGGGCAAGAAAGCCCGCCCUCGUAGCCCCAGCUCGAGCGGCUCCACCUCUGGUCGCCCCCACCGUGACAAACGUCACAAGGGCGGGGACCCGAUCUCGAGGGAGGAAUUUUUGGAAGCUUUUCACACCCUCGCGGCCUCAAUUAAGGGUCGUCGCGAGGGUGGUGGACAAGGCCCCUCUGACUUGGCCACCGAACCGGUGCCCCACAGUCAGCACGGCCAUGGGUGGCUUGCGCCGGGCCAACGGGGACUCCCCCACACGGCUAGCCGUGCGCCGGAUUCCCCCCCGGGUUUGCCACAACCGCCCGCUAACCCAUACGUUCAGGGGCGGCUGGCUACCACCCAAUGGUGACCCCCUCAGGGAGGCCCGCCAUGCAUCAGCCUGCACCCGUCGGCGGCCUUUGAAUCCGACCAUGGGCGCCGUGAUGAUGCCGGUUCGGAAUCCCGUUCUUCGAUGA